AUGAGCCGCAAUGAUGUGCAUGGAGAUUCGGCCGUAAUCCAUGAUGGAGUGGAACUCACGGAGGGGGUCGUCGGGCAGACUCGCGAGUCGCAGGCCAGGGACCCCGCAGACGUUCACCCCGAUUCCAAGGAUUACGACUUCUUUGUUAAGGAGUUCAGUGCUGAUGUUACAGCAUCUCGAUUGAUCGAGGCAUGGAGGACCCAAGCCCCGGCAUAUCCCCCACCCGCGUUCAUCGCGGACACACAGAUGGCCGACUAUCUCGUUCUCGAGCAAGCCAGCCCUACAGACGGGAGUCAAUCACGAACAGUAUCACCCCUCAGGUCGUUCGGGAGUGAGGGGUACGAUUCGGGGUGA